GUUGUGUUCAAUUAAGAGUCUAAGACCACUUGCCAAUACUACAAGCAAACCGCUUUGGAGAGAACUUGCUGCUUCUAUCACUUUAAACCAUGGCUUUUUCCAAGUAUUGUUUCCUUCUCUCUAUGAUCAUCAUGCUGUCACUCGACGUGUGCCUAGCAGCUCGCUAUCUUUUGGACACACCAGCUGCUCCACCUCCAGCAUUGGGAUUGCCUACAAUCCCAUCUUUGCCCAAGGCUACAUUGCCUCCUCUACCAUCAGUGCCAACACUACCAACUACCACAUUGCCACCAUUGCCAACACUGCCAACUCAACCAACUCUUCCAAAGUCCACAUUGCCGCCAUUGCCAAGCACCCAAGUUCCGACGCUGCCAACCAUGCCCACAGUUCCCAAGGUUACGCUGCCUCCUCUGCCAGCUACUCCAUUGCCCACCAUUCCAACCACAAUCCCUUCAAUUCCCAACAUUCCAACCACAAUUCCAACAAUUCCUUUCUUCUCCCCACCCCCAUCAAAUUGAAGCACUAGUCCUUGAGAUGCUGCAUUUCCAUUCUUCCAUCUAGCUUGGUUUGGAUGAUUCUUUGCAUUACUACUUGUAUUGUUUUUCGAACAUAUUGGAACCUAUCUUGGUUCUCUAUUUGAGUGCUUUACAUUCUAGUUAUUUCAGCAUCAUUUGUUUCUAGUAUUAUUGUACUCAUGAUUGUGAAUAAGAUUUCUUACUUUGUUGGUUGCGAGCU